AUGCCCACCACAACCGCCACGCCCACCAUGCCAUGCCCACCACAACUGCCACGCCCACCAUGCCAUGCCCACCACAACCGCCACGCCCACCAUGCCAUGCCCACCACAACCGCCAUGCCCACCAUGCCAUGCCCACCACGACCUGCACCAUGUUCUUCUAGAUUAUCUGUGACCUGUGAACAUGAUGCUCUAGUUUCAGGCCUCAACCCCAUCACCAACCUUCCAGCCAUCCUGCACAAUUACACCUUUAUCCCAUCAGUGCAGACGUGGCCAGUGGCCCAGAAUUACUGCAGGACCUUUUACCAUGACUUGGCUACUAUCAGUACUAGCGAUGACCAGGCAAAAAUAAUGGCACUGGCAGCACAAACUUUGACUGGGCAAGCCUGGGUGGGAUUGUACAAUGACAUCAGCAGUUGGCAGUGGUCCUUCCCAAACAUCUCAUUGAUAAGAACGGGUUUCAGCCAGUGGUACUCCGGGCAGCCUGAUAAUGCUGACGGGAAUCAGUCAUGUGGAGCGAUUCAUCUAGGAGGAUACUGGCAUGAUAUUCGCUGCACAUACCUGAAGCCCUUCAUAUGCUACAACAGUAACUACAGCGAUGCUGAGAGGUUCGUUGGAGUCACCACUCCGCUGAGCUGGAUGGACGCUCAGGCUUACUGUCAACACUUUCACACCGAUUUAGCUUCUGCCAUCAACUCAAGUGAUAACAGCGAGCUAAGUUAUGUGGUGUCACUUCAGGGUUUCUCUUGGUUUGGACUUCACAGGGACACUUGGAAGUGGUCGGAUGGAACACAAAUGUCCAACGUAACAUGGCUCUCUGGCCAGCCCAAUAAUUACUUUAAACCAGAGAACUGUGGCAGUUUUAAUAACGGGUUUAUGAGUGACGAAUUGUGCAUUAAAACUUCUCCUUCUUCUGUCACACUGAUAAAUCUGAAACUGAAGGAACACGACAUGCUGUUGAACUCCGCCGUGCGCUUCAGGCUGCAGCCAGAUGGAAAUCUUUUCUACAGGAAACGCAAAUAUUACCCCUAA